AUGUCCCUACACCACAUCCACGUCCACAAUCUCUAUACCAUAGCCUAUAGGAUCGGUAUAGUGCGGUCAGUCAAACUAGGCUAUGAGAUAGAUGUUAUAGAUCAAUCAAACCGAACUGAAAUUAGAGCUGUUAUUAUGGUUAUUUGUUUGCCUCCAGUGAGCAAAUUUGCCCCUCCGGUUGAGUUUCCGGGCAGGCUCUUUGAUAUAUCAAAGGAUGAAGUUCAGUCGUCCUUAUCGCAGGUGCUACGGGCGGCCAUUUUUUUACGAAGGAAGAAAAUCUUUCUGAAAAAAGAGGCUAAGAAGAGGCGUGUUCACUCGGUAUUGACCAGGGCUGGAAAACUGGCGGCCGAAUACAGUGCCGCGGUACAGGACUCGGCCCUUCACCUGGACCUGGACCAGCUAUGGGACCUCGUUGAAAAUACCCUCCACCAUCGCAUUAACAAACUGGUACAUUCUCCGGCUACAAAUUACAAUGGUUCCAUUCUCAAAUACCCGCCAUCAAGGAUACUAACACGUUGUAAUAAUGGCGUCAAUUCUGAGUUUAAAUCUGAUACUUGCGAUACAAAUGUGGGCUUGAGAUACACUGAUUGUCAAGGGCCAUUUGAAGUAUCUAAAUCUUUGCAAAGCGAUAAAGAAGAUAUCUCAUCUUCAGACCUCAAGGAAAACUUGAUUAAAGAAGAUAACAUACAGUUUGACAGUGAUAUUCCACUUGAUAUGGAGGAUAUGGAGCGAUUUGUCUCUCAAAACAUGGGUCAGGGAGCAGAUGAGGAUGGGCCAGACCUGUUCGAUUCUCUGGGCGAUGAAUCAGACGGCUCUGUGCCUGCUAAAGAUAUGAAAUACUCUGAUUUUUUUGCGCCUAUUAAUGCAACAAAUUCUAUUCCUGGUUCUUUUGACAAAGCAGAUAUAGAGAGGGAGUUGGUAGCCCCUAAGCACUGGAGCAUGCGGGGCGAGGUUAGGGCCAAAGAUAGACCUAAAGAUAGUCUAUUGGAGCUAGACCUGGAUUUUAUCUACAGCAACAAAGAUGCAGGUGCUUCUACCAGCAUAUCACAAGAAGCUGAGACUGAUGUUGUUCCGCUAGAAAUGAUUAUAAGGCAACGCAUUCAGGCCCGAGUUUUUGAUAACGUGGAGCCCAAGAACUUUUCAAUCAACACGAUUAGGGAGGAGAGGAAUGUGGAGGCUAAGGGCGAUAUGGAUUUGGAUUUUUCCAGGAGCGAGAGGGGACUGGCUGAGAUCUACGCCGAGAAAUAUCGCAAGGAGGUGGAGAAAGUGCACCAGGGCAAACUCAACGAGAUCUCAAAAGAUAGAUUGGAAAUCGCAGAUUUGUUUUCAAAAAUUCUUUACAAGUUGGAUUGUCUAUCUAAUCUUAACUUUCUACCCAGGGCCCCUACAGACACAUCUACUAGGACUGGCGAUGAUAUUGUACCAACAAUUGCUGCCGUAACUAGCAAUGCCCAUGCUCCAAGGGAAAGAGUUAAAGACAAGGGAGAGAUGACCAGAGAGGAGAAGAGGUCGCUGCGCAGGCUAAAUAAGGAGAGGCACAAUAAACGAAUGGUAAAAAAUGGCAUGAAUGCCGAGGAAGAUAAUACUAAAAGGGGCACAGAUACUGCCAAAAGUCAAGUGGCAACAAAGCGCAUGGGCAAAUUGAAAACAGCGGAACUGCUACAAAAAAGAGCCGCUGCGAGGCUUGAGACGUGA